AUGAAGAUUCAACUUCUUUCAUUGGUUAAAUGGUUAAAUGAACAUGUUUUUUCAUUUGCACAGAUUAUUAAAGACCAAAAGAAAACUUUCUUGGAGACAACAACUGGCCGUGGGGUGAAGAGGUUUUGGAAAGAAAACCCUGAAGUUUUGCAGAUUUUGAAGGACACGAAGGAAAAUUACCUAAAAACCACCAGCCAGAAUGGGCUUAAACGAGUGCGCGACGAGCUGAAGAUUAUUAAAGACCAAAAGAAAACUUUCUUGGAAACAACAACUGGCCGUGGGGUGAAGAGGUUUUGGAAAGAAAACCCUGAAGUUUUGCAGAUUAUAAAGGACAACAAAGAAAACUUCAACAGAACAACCAGCCAGAUUGGGUUGAAAAGAGUGAGGGAUGAGUUAAAGAUUUUGAAGGACACGAAGGAAAAUUACCUAAAAACCACCAGCCAGAAUGGGCUUAAACGAGUGCGAAACGAGCUGAAGAUUAUUAAAGACCAAAAGAAAACUUUCUUGGAGACAACAACUGGCCGUGGGGUGAAGAGGUUUUGGAAAGAAAACCCUGAAGUUUUGCAGAUUAUAAAGGACAACAAAGAAAACUUCAACAGAACAACCAGCCAGAUUGGGUUGAAAAGAGUGAGGGAGGAGUUAAAGAUUUUGAAGGACACGAAGGAAAAUUACCUAAAAACCACCAGCCAGAAUGGGCUUAAACGAGUGCGCGACGAGCUGAAGCUAAAGUAG